AUGGAUGAUCUACCCUUCCGGAACUGGUGUCUAAGUUGCCUUCAUAUUAGUAUCACGAAAUAUGACCCUCAGCAAAACAAGCCAUUUCAAAUCGACUGCGCUGCGAGCGAAGACGAUAAGGACCCCUCUUGUGGGCAGUGUUAUGAUCGAAACAUUACCUGUGAGUCGCCCUCCAUGGGAAUGCUAGGUGAUGUCUACCACUUGUGCGCGAUUCUGGAGUGGGCUGGUAAGUUUUGGUCUCGCGAUGAAGACUUGUACUGGAAUUCGGCAUUUCGCCUUGCUGUUUGUGAGGCCACCAAAGAACUCUGCCUCGCGUUUAAGCAUGCUGAAAUGAGCCACCGCCGCUACCAUAUGUUGAGCGGCAUUGAUUGGGACGAUACAAGCAAAGCGCAGGAUGCCGAUAUCGAUAACUACCGAAGAUUCCUUGCUAAACGUCGCGCCUCGCUACGUGCUUUGCCACUCCCCACUACCGGCAUCAAAAAUCGUCAGGACUGGAUUACUUACAACCCGGAGAGACUGUUGCGCCUCUGCAGAGGAGACUCUGGCUUUUUGGGGUGGUCGGAGGCAAAGACAGAAUUUCUUGAUCGCAUUCAGCGGGCAUCUAUUUCAAUCUACGGUGGUGAGGGAUCUACCGUCGGGAAGCAAAGACUGGCUUUUAUUGAGGACUUCUUCCCCGCGAAUCUGCAGUAG